AUGUGGAGAAAUGGCACGAAAGCUGCGGUUCUUCAAAGAUCAAAUGUCAAAGGCGGGUACCACAUGGUCAUUAAAUAUCUUUUUCAAUCAAUAUCAGUCUUCAUCUUCUUUAUAUUCUGCAUAUCAAGUGAUGGAAAAUUCAGUCCUAUGUCAUUGUUUGGAGGUGAAUUGUCGAGGGUAAAGAAACGUGGAAUGCCACGUGGACCUCGUGUUGGUUUCUCUAUGUGUGUACAUAAAAGCGGACUAGGUUAUUUGGUGAAGUUUUUGACAUGGAGGCUGAAGAGGAAUUGUAUUCAAAGUCCUACUGAAGGUGGGACAGGGGGAGGAGCUCCUGGAGAUGGACCAAUUAUGUUAGUUUUAGCUCCAACUCGUGAACUUGAUUCUAUUUUUCAGAAUAAUGAACAGGACAACCAUAAUUUUCUUACAACAGAGACAACAAUUGUAUGGCCUGUAUCUGUAAUAAGAUAUACCAAUUACCAUUUGUCUCCUUGUGGUGUUACAAAAUUUUGA